AUGGAGUGUUUUGGUGGGAAGAUACUGUGUGGAGCUCGUGGCAAUGACGACUACCUCUACAUGGUGGACCCUGCUGAGGCUAGUCUCUCUGGCUAUUUCGUUAUCGUUUAUCUAUCGCAUAACCUCAUACAACAGAGUGACCUCAUACUCUUUAAGCGCGAUGGUAAACUAAUAUUGUCCAUGGGACGCACUCUCGAGACAGAAGUUACUCUGGAGUGUUUGACACUAUUGAAAUCGCGAAUGCUGAAGAGGAGACCAGAGGAACUACUGGAGUUGCCCGAGAAUAUCAGAUUCGUCGACCUUGAAUAA